AUGGAAUUGCUGAACCAGUAUCUCGGCUUGCGUGGCACAUCUCCGCUUAAAAUGGGCAGUCUCCCUCGAGGAUGUGGAGUAUUUUGCCAUCAGAUCAAACGAAUCGAUGGCGGUCUGGAUACACUUGCGGGCUCCAGGCGAAGGAGCGCAUAUUGGAUUCGCAAGAAUGAACCCCAGAAUACAGAGAGCGGCAUCCCACUGGUACUGGACGAUACUGGGCCAGCCGCGCAGCAGGUCAGUGUCUUUCAGAACUUGAUGAAUGAUAUUGGUCAAGGCGGUAGCGUGGUUGAGACAAUUUAUGCUGUGACAGUCAGACAGCGGGGUGAGGGACGAGGAGCCAGGUGGAAAACGCAAGAACGAGCGAAAGCUUGA